AUGAGGUCCACCUUAAAAACUGGUCUACUAAAGGGAUCUGCUGAUGGCUAUAAAGAUUGGUUGAAAAAGCAUCUGAGGAUACACACUAAUGAAAAACCAUAUUCUUGUGAUCUUUGUGGAAGAAAAUUUUCUCAGAAGUCAAGGUUGGAUGCACAUUUGAGGAUACACAAGAUACACACUAUGGAGAGACCAUAUUCUUGUGAGUAUUGCAGAAAGACAUUUUCUCAGCGCUCAGGUUUUAAAACACAUUUGAGGAUACACACUAAUGAAAGACCGUAUUCUUGUGAUCAUUGUAAAAAAGCGUUUUCCGAUAGCUCAAAUUUCAAAAAACAUUUGAGGAUACACACUAAUGAAAGACCGUAUUCUUGUGAUCUUUGUAGAAAGACGUUUUAUCAAAGAUCAAAUCUGAAAUCACAUUUGAGGGUACAUACAAAUGAAAAGCCAUAUUGUUGUGAGUAUUGUAAAAAAACAUUUUCUCAUAGUCACAUUUUGAAAUCACAUUUGAGGAUGCACACGAAUGAAAAACCAUAUUCUUGUGAGUUUUGCAAAAAGACAUUUUCUAAUUUUUCAUCUUUGAAAUUACAUUUGAGGAUACACACAAAUGAAAAACCAUAUGCUUGUGAUCAUUGUAAUAAGACAUUUUCCGAUUCUUCAUCUUUGAAAAGACAUUUGAAGACGCACACUAAUGGAAAACCAUAUUCUUGUGCAAUUCAAAUAUAA